AUGGCGGCUAAGAAGUUGGUGGAGCAAGGCUUGAAACAUGUAAAACCAAUUUUGUCCGUUGAUCGCACUGAGGCGAGGCGAAGAGUCUUGAACUUGUAUAAGGCGUGGUAUAGACAGAUUCCGUAUACAGUGAAGGAUUUUUACAUACCCAUAACUAUUGAACAAGGUCGGGCCAAGGUUCGAGAGAUGUUUCUGAAGAAUAAGCAUGUUACAGACAUUCGGAUCAUUGACAUGCUAGUUAUAAAGGGUCAGAUGGAGCUGGUGGAAACAGCAAACUUAUGGAAGCAGCCCAAUCAUGUUAUGAUGUACUUCAAGGACACAGUGAAGCCCAAACCCACAGACUUCCUGUCCAAGUUUUACGAGGGUCAGGAGUAG